AUGGAUGCCGCUGCUCACCGGGACGGCCCAAAAGUCAACUGCUUCAAACCCAUCUCCGUGUGGUACCAGAAUCCUGUCUUGUGCGAAUUCACGAACGCACAUAUGACCAAUCCGUGGACGGUGCCCCUCCCUACGGACAUGGAAACGAAUGUUCGGUUCGUCAUCCCGAACUUCAACGGCGACAUUAGCAAGACUGCCUCUGUACGCACUCUGGUCACAGGAUACGCCGGCCUCAAGUUGCAUCUCUGUUUCGAGAAGGAUCAGUGUGGCCUGCAGCCGUUCGACGUAGUCCGGCUGGCUCUCAACGGGUCAGAACUUACUGUCAUCAACGCCACUGCGAUCAAUCUGCUCAAGUAUUGCUUCGCCACCGUAUUGCGGUGGUUCGGGCGAAUUUGCGCGGAAGGCAAGCCCCUCCCUGGUCCUGGCAUUUCAAAGCUUCGAUUGGAGAGGAUUGAGGAAGGCACAUUCUACAGGCUGGAUCUCGAGAAAGAGCUAUGGGAGGCCGUGAGGGACUUUGGGGUUCAGCGCGGACGGGCAGCCCAGAGAUAUAAUCAGCGUCGCGCCGCGCUGUCAGAGGCAGCAGCACCCGCUGAAAACCGAACCCAUGGAAGGACGAACGGUUUGAAAGUCUGGCCGGAAUAUCCAAAGAACUUUCAGCCGAAUCGAUUGAAUUAUUAG